GAUGCUUCCUCAGGCAUGGGGAACCAGGGCCCCCAUAUCUGCACUGCAGCCCCCAGGAACUGCAGUCUGCACCGGGACCAGAGCAUGGUGCUCUUCUUCACCCUGCGCAUCCUGGGCUGCUCUGUGCUGCUCCUGGCUGCUGUGAGUGGGCAGCAAGCCAGAGAGCGCCGAUGCCCACUGCCACACAUCGAGAAUGGGAGGACAACUCCUUCUCGCUACAUCUACCGGCCCGGGGACAAAGUAAUCUUCACCUGCAUCACGGACUACACCUUGCAAGGCUCCCGUACGAGUAUCUGCCAAGCUGACUUCAGCUGGAGCCCACCUGUACCGGCGUGCAAAAAGGAGGCGAUGUGUCUUCAGCCACCAAACAUCGCCAACGGGCUGCACAGCGGCAAAUCCAUGGACAAAUUUCUCCCAGGAGCAAUUGUGAACUACAGCUGCAAGGACGGCUUCGAGCUGGUGGGGAACGUCUCCAUCAACUGCUCAGAAGUCGGGCGCUGGAGCCGGCCCCUGCCCCGCUGCCAAGCCAUCGGAUGCCAGAGGCCCACAGUGCACAAUGGAAAGGUGCAAGAACCAAAGGACACCUACGAGGCUGGGGAGAUGCUGCGGUUUGAGUGCAACCCUGGGUAUGCUGCAGAGGGCAGGCAUCGGGCUCGGUGCCAGCCGGGGGGAACCUGGGACCCGAAGGCGCUUGGCUGUGAGCGGAUCCGGCCGUGCCCCUUGCCUCCGAAGAUCAGCAAUGGAGAUCACAACGGCCACGGCAAAGCAGAGUUCACCAUGGGGACAUAUGUGACGUACACUUGCAAUCGUGGCUACUACCUGGCUGGGAAUGUUGAAAGUGUGUUUUGCAAAGCAUCGGGGAACUGGAGCCAGCCCAGCCCAUGCUGUGAAGAAGUGACGUGUCUUCAGCCACCGAACAUUGCCAACGGGCUGCACAGCGGCCGCUCCUCUGCCAGGUUCCCGUAUGGCACCGUUGUGAGCUACAGCUGCAAGGACGGCUUCGAGCUGGUGGGGAACGUCUCCAUCAACUGCUCGGAAGUCGGGCGCUGGAGUCGGCCCCUGCCCCGCUGCCAAGCCAUCGGAUGCCAGAGGCCCAGGGUGCACAAUGGAAAUGUGCAGGCACCAAAGGACACCUAUGAGGCUGGGGAGAUGCUGCGGUUUGAGUGCAACCCUGGGUAUGCUGCAGAGGGCAGCCGUCAGGCUCGGUGCCAGCCGGGGGGAACCUGGGACCCGAAGGUGCUCCGCUGUGAGCAGGUCCGCCCCUGCCCCAUGCCUCCAAAGAUCAGCAAUGGAGACCACAACCGGCACGGUGAAGCCUUUUUCACCGCGGGAAUGACUGUGACAUACACCUGUGACCCCAGCUUCUACCUGGUUGGGAAUGCACACGUGGUUUGCAGAGCAUCAGGGACCUGGAGCCAGCCCAGCCCACGCUGCGAAGCGACCAUCUGCUUGAAGCCGGAUAUACAGGAUGGGUGGAUAGCUGAUGAUCACGGACUCAUCUAUGCACCAGGGCAAAUGGUGACGUUUCGGUGCCGGGAUGGCUACAGCCUGCGGGGCAGCCCCCGAGCCCUGUGCCAGAAGAAUGGCAGCUGGGACCCCCCAGUACCCCUCUGCGAUCCAGUCCACAGCCCCGUGCUGCCCAGUAGGGCCAAGCUCUCAGGUGGCUGUGGGGCUCCCACCAGGCUGACCUUUGCUGAGCUCAAUGAGGAGCACAGAAAUGAGGUUGAUUUCUCUGUCGGGAAGACUGUGGGAUACACUUGUCGGCCCGGAUUUGCUAAGCACCCAGGAAUGUCACCCACUAUUACAUGCCUGCAGAGCGGAGUGUGGUCAGAAGCACUCGAGUUCUGUAAAAGGAAACAGUGCAAUCACCCCGGGGAACCCGAGAAUGGCAGGAUUACGGCCCUCGCAGACCUCUUCUUUGGGUCAACAGUGGUCUACAGCUGUGAAGAAGGGUACAGGCUGAUCGGGCAGUCCAGCCGGCGGUGUGAGAUCACGGGGGGACGCGUUGCAUGGACCGGUGACAUUCCCACCUGCCAGCGUAUCCCCUGCGAGCCCCCCCCCAACAUUCCCCACGGCAAGCACACGGGGCGGCUGCUGGAUGAGUUCCACUACGGCACCUCGGUCACCUACAGCUGCGAGCCCGGCUACCCACUGCAUGGGAACGCCUCCAUCUUCUGCACCACCCAAGAUGGGAAAAAUGGGGUGUGGAGCGGGCCCCCCCCACUGUGCGGAGAGGCAGGAUGCCCUGCCCCACGGAUCCAGAAUGGGAGGAUAGUGCCAGCUCCUCGGAUCAUCUAUGCACACAAGGACACUAUCAACUUUGAGUGUGAGCCAGGCUACAUCAUCCGUGGCCCCAGCGUGGUGCAGUGCCAGCAGAACAACACCUGGCAGCCCCCAGUGCCCGUCUGCGAGCAGGCUGGCUGCAGGGCACCCCCCAGGCUGGUGUUUGCUGAGCUGAAGGAGCCCUACAGGAACCAGACCACCUUCCCCGUGGGUGGGACUGUGGAGUACAUGUGCCGGCCCGGCUAUGCCCGGCACGUGGGGAUGUCACCGGCUGUCACGUGCCUCAGGAAUCAGAGCUGGUCUGUGGCACUGGAGUUCUGCAAAAGGAAGCAAUGUGCAAACCCCGAGGACCCACAGAACGGCAGAGCCAUGGUCCUGACCGACCUCUUCCUUGGGUCCAAAGUGAAUUACACAUGUGACAAAGGGUACAAGCUGAUCGGGCGUUCGCAGAGGACGUGCGAGGUCUCUGGCACGCGUGUCGUGUGGAGCGGGGAUGCUCCCACCUGCCACCGUAUCGUCUGCGACCCACCCCCGGACAUCCCGCACGGGACGCACAGUGGGGGCUCGAUGGAUGCCUUCCCCUACGCAGCCGUGGUCACCUACACGUGCGAGCCGGGCCGUGUGCUGGCCGGGACAGCCUCCAUCUUUUGCACCAUGGUGGAUGGGGAGCGAGGUGCCUGGAGCGGGCCGCCACCGCGCUGCGGAGAGGUGCAGUGUCCUCCCCCUCCAAGUAUUGCCAAUGGGAAGCACAGCAGCCAGUCCCUGGACACGUUCCUGCCUGGUGUGGCUGUUCAGUACACCUGCAAGGAUGGCUAUUCGCUCAUUGGGAAUGCAUCCAUCACCUGCACCACUGCGGGAGCCUGGAGCCAGCCCCGGCCACGCUGUGAAGCAAUAGGCUGCGGAAGACCUGAGAUUGAGCAUGGAAGAGUGACUGGGCCAGAGUCCGUCUAUAGGCUUGGGACCACCGCUGUCUUUGAAUGCGAUUUUGGUUAUGCCUUAAAGGGCUCUCAGGAGUCUCAGUGUCAGUUUGGGGGCACAUGGGAUCCUCCUGUCCCCAGAUGUGAAAAGAUGCUUCAGUGUCCUUCCCCUCCAAAUAUCACACAUGGCCAGUACAACAGCGAGGACGUGAGAGUGUUUGUCCCUGGAACAUCUGUGAGGUACAACUGUGACCCAGGGUAUGUCCUCACGGGGAAAACAGCAGUGACUUGUUUGACAUCUGGAGUGUGGAGCAUCCCUUACCCGCGGUGCGAAGUGGUCACCUGCAUGAGCCCUAGCAUUAAACAUGGAGAAGUGGCUGAAGGACAGCAAGCUGUCUACCGCCCUGGGACCAUCAUCACCAUCCAGUGCCACCCAGGCUACAUGCUGCGGGGCAGCCAGAAGCCCAGGUGUCACUCUGAUGGCCGCUGGGUCCCCUCUGUCCCCAGCUGUGAGCCAGCGCUGCCUUGUCCUCCACCACCCAUCAUCGCCCAUGGCAUACAUGACGCUGAGCUCUGGGCCAACUUCACCAGUGGCAUGUCAGUGAACUACAGCUGCCAGCCUGGCUUCUCCCUGCUCGGAGACCCCUCUGUCCGGUGCAUGGAAGGGAGCUGGAGCCUCCCGUACCCACGCUGCGCAGUUGGAUGUGGGACACCAACAACAUUACAAUUUGCUGCGCUAAGCAAGGAGUAUAAGAAUUGGACUGAGUUUCCAGUUGGGACCACAGUGAAAUACACCUGUCAACCAGGAUACGCCAGACUUUCACAGAUACCACCCACUAUUACGUGCCUUGAAAAUCAGACGUGGUCUGAAGCCAAGAAGUUUUGCAAACGGAGAAAGUGUGAUCAUCCAGGAGAACCAGAAAAUGGCAGACUUAUUGUUACAACGGAUCUCCUCUUCGGAUCAGCAGUGAAUUACACUUGUGACGAAGGGCACAGGCUGAUUGGAGCAUCCCAGAGGCACUGCGUGAUUUCAAGCUCUGGGAUGAAAGUAGCAUGGACUGGGGACGUUCCCAUCUGCCAGAGUAUUGUCUGCGACCCACCCCCGGACAUCCCGCACGGGACGCACAGUGGGGGCUCGAUGGAUGCCUUCCCCUACGCAGCCGUGGUCACCUACACGUGCGAGCCAGGCCAUGUGCUGGCUGGGACAGCCUCCAUCUUCUGCACCAUGGUGGAUGGGGAGCGAGGUGCCUGGAGCGGGCCGCCACCGCGCUGUGGAGGGCAGCUGUGUCCUUCCCCACCAGUGAUUGACCACGGCCAGCAUGAUGGCAAGGACAUGGAACUGUUUAUCCCUGGAAUGUCUGUAAAUUACAGCUGUGACCCUGGCUAUUUUCUUACUGGAAAAGCAGCUCUGUACUGUAAUGACAAUGCAAGCUGGAGCAGCCCACAGCCCCGCUGUGAAGUGCUACAGUGUCCUUCACCUCCAAGUAUUGAUGGAGGCAAUCAUGACAGCCAGGAUGUGGAAGUUUUCCUUCCUGGGAUGGCUGUGAACUACAGCUGUUAUCCUGGCUACAACCUGCUGGGGGAGGCAUCCAUUUACUGCACCGAGUCUGGAAACUGGAGCCUGCCCACUCCUCAGUGUGAAGGUAGCUGCGGUGCCCCUCCAAGACUCAGCUAUGCUGAGCUGUCCAAGGAGCACUGGAACAUGACGGCCUUCCCCGUUGGGAGCACGGUGCGCUACGCCUGCCUCCCAGGAUUCAUGAGACACCCCACAGUGGUGCCAGCUCUGACGUGCCUCAAAAACCACACGUGGUCUGAUGUGCAAGCGUUCUGCAAAAGGAAAGAAUGUAAUUAUCCAGAAGCACCACAGAAUGGCAGAGUUGUUGUUCUGAAAGAUCUCCUGUUCAUGUCCGUCGUGAACUACACAUGUGAAGAAGGGUACCGGCUGGUUGGACAAUCCCUGAGGCGCUGCGAGCUUUCUGGAGAAGAUAUUGCAUGGAGUGGUGAUCCUCCCACUUGUCAGAAGGUGGUGUGUCCAGUGCCACAGAUCCAGAAUGGGAAAGUAUCUGUUCCCAAACUCCGCUACAGAUACAAGGACACCAUUAGCUUUCAGUGCCAUGAAGGGUUCAUGCUGAGAGGCCAUCCCACGGCCCAGUGCAAAGCUGACAAAACGUGGGACCCUCCCGUGCCCAUCUGUGAGCAGGUGGUAAAGUGUCUGCCUCCUCCAAGCAUCAUCAAUGGGGAACACAGUCGUUUCUCAGACACAUUUGGUGUAGGUGCAGUUGUGCACUACCGCUGCAAACCUGGUUUCUUCCUCAUUGGCAAUGAGUCCAUCCGCUGCACAACACAUGGGGUCUGGAGUCGUCCCCUUCCUCAAUGUGAGGCUGGCUGUGUGAGCCCAGGAGCUGGGCAUGGAAAAGUGAUUGGAUCGGAAUUCCUCUACAUGCCUGGAGACAACAUUACAAUUGAAUGCAACACUGAUAAUGUCCCCAGAGCCCUCCACAAGUCCCAGUGCCAAUCUGGGGGCACAUGGUUUCCUCCGCUCCCUGCCUGUGACCGAGUGCUGCACUGUUCCAAGCCCCCAGAUAUCCUCCAUGGGAGCCACAGUGGCCUGGCAAAAGCAGUUUUCACUCCUGGAACGUUCGUAAACUACAGCUGUGAGACUGGCUUCUCCCUCGUUGGGAUGGCAGCCAUUUACUGUACAGAGUCUGGUGCCUGGAGCCAUCCUUCUCCGGUCUGCCAAGUCGUGAAGUGUCUCCACCCUCCAGCUAUCACUAAUGGGAAGCUCCAAGGCAACAUUUCAGACACUUUUUUCUAUGGAGCAUCUGUGUCCUACAGCUGUGAUUCUGGUUAUUCACUCACUGGGAAUGCUUUCAUCACCUGCACAGCAUCAGGAACCUGGAGCCAGCCUCCUCCUCGAUGCGAAGAGAUCAGUUGUGUGGUCCCAGAAGUUCAAGGGGUUAAGAAAACCACAACUGGAAAAACGUACAGAUUUGGGACUAACAUCACUCUUGAAUGUGAUGAUGGGUACACGUUGGAAGGCCUCAGUCAGAUUCAGUGCCAGGAAGACUUCAGCUGGGACCCUCCCGUGCCAGCCUGUAAACUCACUUCACCCAGGUCUGGCUCAGUAGGGCUAGGAAUUGCCGCUGCAGCAGUUCUGCUUCUCUUGGGUGUGGGCAUUGGCUGGAAGAUUAUCUCUAAGCAUCAGAAGGAAGGCUAUUACCGCACAUACGAAAAUGGCAAUUUCAAAUCCUCUCUGGACUAGAUGACAGAACAGAAAUGUUCACAUCUUGCACAGCAGGCUGAGCCCUGUGCUGCCCAUAACCGGCAUUAGAAACGUUCCCCGACGUGUGGAAGCACUGCUCCUGUUGGGACUGAGACUCUGUGCCAAUCAAGCACUUUAGCACAGAAUCAACAUUCAUGCUCCUUCUGCUCCAUUAAUUAAAUGACUCUAAGGGUCUAACGAAGCUCAAGCUGUACAGAAGCUGAUCAGAGGACUCUAUUCCCACACUGCACCUGUUCCCUUCUCUGCAAACCCUGAGCUAAGCGAGAACCAGAGUGUUUCUGUGUGUGUGUGAAAUCAGGAUUCCUGAGCCCACGACGACGUGUGCCUGCAGCAAGGUGAACGCUCCGUGUGUCACCCAGAGCGCUGCGGUCUGCUUGUACCAAUCCUUCACCUAAUAAAAUCUGAAGGCGGGAUGCCAACUGCUUUA